AAUAAAUACCCACUGGGGUCGAUAUAAUCAACUAAACUCCAUUCCAAAAUUUCAGGCCUUGUUUCUAUUAGUAUUUCACAGAUUUAAGUUUUUAGACCGCUUUAUUUAUGUCAUCGUUAACUCUAAGAUCGUUAAACAAAUUCCACCCAAAUCACUUUGAGUGACAGUCUGUGUAUUUUUUGGCGGAAUGGAUGGCUUUCAUAAAAAACUGGUUCGUUGAAGGACAAUAACUAACGACGUCAACAUCGAUGAAUUUGACACCAUUCCAAUCUGCACGUGAUAAGCGAAGCGGAAUUAUUCCACAGAUUUAAAUUCGUGGAGCGCUUCAGACCAGCGUUAAAACUCUGUCUCAGAUCGUUUUACAAGCUUUACCAAAAUCACUUUUGGCAUGAUUAAUGAGUCGACAUUUGGGUUCAUUGUGAAAUGGAGUUUCUGGGACAUACACAGAAAGCUAGGUAUAUGUUUGGCUCUGGUAAAAAUUCCACUGGCACCGGAACCCUGCCAACAAUUACUCGUCAGAAUUCAACCUUAAGGGUGCAGGAUUUCUAUCCUAAUCCACGAUAUUUUCAGCGUUCCUUAACACAAAUUCCCUGGCAACGACAGCAGAAUGCAAACAGCCUACCUCAGAGAGCUGAAAGCCCACUGUCUAUGAAUAAGAAGGCAAUGUUUUCUUUUGGAAAUACCAACUUGAACUCCUUCAAACCUGCUCCUGUCCAUCAAUCACACCCCGUAUCUCUCUAUACCAGUUACACCCCAAAUGAAUGGGAACGCUUUAACCAAAGUAAUUAUUUUACAUCUGAUUAUCUUCGAAGUGGUGCAGAAAAACUGAGGCUUGAUACUGCGAGAAUGUGUAAGGAAGCUGAUGAGAAAACACAACGUACUCAGUCAAAUAGUGGUAAAAGAUUAGGAGAACGCAUCUCUGACAUAGUCUUCUGGAAAAACGAGCUUCAUCAUGAAAUUAACAACAUCAUUUCUGCUACAUCAGAACUGAAAAAUGCAAAGCGAAUGCUUGAAAAAACUCUGGCAGAAACGGAAAACCCACUGAAUUUGGUGCGAGAAUGUCUUCACAACAGAGCUCAGAAACGUGGCAUUGAAAUGGUCCAUGAUGAUCCUGAAAAGAAUUUGGUCAAAGAGGUGGAAACCAUGAAAAUAUGUCAGGACAAACUGCAAGGGAUGAUAGAAAAGGUAACAAUACAAUUAAGUCGAAACACUGCAGCUCAACUUGAACUUCAGAAGGACAGUGGAAAUAAAGUUGUCGCACAAAACCUUGAUGAAAAUGCUUUCCACCUUCGUAACCUGUCAACUGACAUAUCAUAUCAAAGCGGUGUUGAAAAGAUUGACACCACGAUAACAGUGCCAGAAACAUGGUGUAUGUUUACCAAUAAUAACAUCAAGCAAUGUCAAGCAGAGCGUGCCUCUUCUAAACAUCUGUGCAGUGAAAUCAACACGUUGCUUCAAAUAUGCUGCAGUGAUAUGUGGCAACAGUGGAAUACGACAAAUCAAGCUUUGACAGACCGAAUUAAAGAAUUGGCAACAGCUAAGAAUAGACUGCAAACACAUUUAUCAAAGGUUCUACAAGAAAUAUUUGACAUGAAUAAAAGCAUUGAAUAUCUAAAGAAAUCUAUUCAAAGUAAACAAGCACCAUUACAAGUUGCCCAGACACGGCUUGGUACUCGACUGUUACGACCAAAUAUGGAGUCUUGUUGUGAUCCAGCAUAUGUUUGGUUGGUUGGAGAAGUGGGUGAGAUAACAGAGACAGUGGAAUGUCUUAUCAAAAAAUUACACCAUGCUGAAAAUGCUGUGCAAGAUCUACAUGUACUGAAGUCAAAUCUAGAAGCGGACAUUAACAAUAAGUCUCACUCUUUGUUUAUCGACCGAGAAAAGUGUUUGUCUUUGCGUAAGACAUUUCCCUUGGCACCAAUUUGCAGCAUCUACACAAUUACCAAACCAAAUAUUCCUAUACAUUGUUAGAAUCUCAGACAGGUCAUAUUUAUCAAUGUUAUAUAUUCUCCCUUUACACCCAGUCUAAUAUGUACAUAUGUAUAUGUGUGUGUGUGUAUGUGUGUGUGCGCAUAUGAUGUACGUGUGUGUAUAUACAGUAUAUAUACACAGUAUACAACAGACACACAUGCUUUUCUUUUAGAGUGAAUGUAAAGAGGGAACAAUUACUGCUAUUUUAAAGUUUGGUUGCCAAGUACUUGUUAGUAUGAAGGAUCUUUUGCCUUUAGUAGUUGGUGAUGGUCAUGGUAAGGAUAUUAGUUGGUUACUUUUUCAGUUUAAUUGAGACUACUACUAUUACAGUUGCUGCCAAUGUGGUUUUUGUACUAUCAUAUCUUGCAGCACAUGGGUUAAUAUCUUAUUAUUGAUAGAUAUCAUUUUAGGAAAUGAUUACUUCUUGUGUCUACACUCAGGAACAACCCCUUGUUUUUGAUAGGUCAUUUAAAAGGAUGCCUAAGAAUAUAUUUUUUGAUUGGACAGAGCAGGCAUCUUUUUGGUUCACUGAUGUAGAAGUCUCCAGUUUUAGCAGUGGAUUCAGAUAUUUCAUUAUUUAUUGUUAAUUCUUUUCUUCACACUCUAAAUGUGCUGGGUUAGUGAGAUGGAAUUUCAUUUGUUUCUGAAUCUGUAGGAAUGAAUGUGUUGAGUACUCUUGAACUUAUUCUCUGCAAUUAAGAAAAGCAUUUGACAUACACACCAGAAUGUGAGUUUUCUGUAAAUUUUGCUUAAUUGGAGUUUAAAUUUUAAAAACUGGACCUGGCAUGACCCGAUGCAUUCUACUC